AUGCGGAGGGACGGCCUUGCGGGAGAGCCGCAGAGGGCAAUGCGCGUGGCGCCCGUGUGGCUGCAGCGCACCGCCGAUGCCAUCGCAGCGCGAAACGGUGUGAUUCUGACGGACUGCAUCGCGCAGGCAGAGGAGGGCCAGGCCGCCCAAGUGACAAGCGCCGCCGUGCUGGCGAACAUCGAAGCAGCAGUGGACCACCUUCGCUGUGUGCUCGCAGAGCGGGUGGAAGGGUCGCGAGAGUUGCGCCGCAGCGAGUCGGCAGCAGCGGCUGCCAAAGAUGCGAAGGAGCGGCAGUUGUACGUUGAGGUGGUGGUGCGGGUCGCCACCACUGGCGCGCUUGCACAGUACCAGCGCGCUGAGGCCUGCAAUGGGCAGGAGGAUGGUAUUAGUAAUGGAUGUGGCAGCAGCGGAAAUGAUAACAACAACAAUAACAAAAGCGAUGGCAGCAAACCACCACAGCAGUACUUUGAUACGCUCGCACGCGGCCUCCUACACGUCUUUGAAGCGUUUCAAGAGGUACACUCGAUGAGUCGCAGCCACUAUCCCCCCUACCGGCGAGGAGGCAGCACUGUUGGCACCGUCGGCUGGGACACGCUACUCUUGCUGCACUUUGUUCAUUGCAUCCCCCGCGCCGCGCGGAAGGCCAGUGAGAAAGUGAUUGAUGAGGCUACCGGUAUGAUUGUACGGAGCUGGCGGAAAUUGUUGCUCUCCCUACAAGUCGAGGAUCCGCGGGAGUCGCCCGAGCACUCCCGUCGCCGCGGCGCCCUGGCGGUCUGCAACGGCCUGCUGAGCAUCCUCUUCCAUCGCUACAACAACCAUCAGUGCCGCAUCCUCGUCAACUCCGUGGCACAAUCCGAGAAGGUGGCCGAGAGCACCAACGACUGGGGCAAGUCCAUCCUGCGGCCAGCGCAGCACAUGACGGCGGAGGUUGUAACGUUCUGCUACUACAAGGGCCGCAUUAUGUUGUACGACCGUCACUUCGCUGAGGCCCACGAGGCGCUGCGGGAGGCGUACCAUCUCCUCCCACCACCAGGUGAAGGCACGGAGGUACAGCAGCGCAACAAGCAGCGCGUGCGAUUCUAUCUGACAGUGGCUGGCGUCGCCCACGGCAAGGUGGUCCCGGCGGAGAUCCUGCAGACAGAUGACCUCAUCGCCCACGUCUUCGCACCCAUAAUUGCCGCUCUGCAGCGCGGUGACCCACAUGCCUUCACCACCGCCGUCGACACGUUCUCUAUGCUCCUCCGCAAGCGCGGGGUGUAUUUCAUCCUUCAGCGAGCAAAACUCUUCUGCUUUUUUGUCUUGCUGGCACGCACACAUGCCGCACUGGGGAACUGCAGCGAAGUCGACAACAGCCGUGUCCCACUCGCCGUACUUACGGCGGCGUACACGCACGUCGUGGAGGAGGGCAGAGCAGCCAGUGCACAGGCUAACCAGGCGCAACCGUAUCCGAAGAAACAGAAGCGACAACGAGCAGAGGAAGACGCCGAGGGGGCAUCCACAAUGACAGAUGAUGAAAUGACGUGGUGGACGGCAAAACUUAUUGCCUGUGGGCUUGUGCGCGGCUAUAUCUCCUACGAGCACAAGACCAUUGUGCUCUCCCGCCAGUGCCCCUUCCCCACGUUAGCAACAGAAGCAUGA